GUGUGGGAAUUGACUGUGCCGUAGCAUCUAGAACUACAAGUUGUCUUCUAGUAUAAUUAAAAAUAAAGACAUUAGACGAUGUUACAGUUUAGGGCUUCAGUUGUGCUGAAGGAGUUGAUUCAAACCAGCCCAAAGCGUUCGUUUUCUGACAUUAUAAGGCAUAAGAAGACUUUACCAAACGCGUACUUCUACAGCGCUGCUUAUCAGGUUGUCAGAAUAUCUAAAUUAAAGACUGUCUGUAAUGGAAGACCUUUCAUUCAGCCUUUAGCUGGGAGAAGAUUUUUAUGUACAAAGACCGAAGGAGCGAUUGACCCUGCAGAACCAGUGAAGAAAGAUGAGUCUGUCCAGGAAGCGACGGCAGAUAAGAGAAGGAAGGCUGGCAUCCUGCCCAGCUUGGAAGACCUGCUGUUUUACAGUAUUGCCGAAGGCCAGGAGAGGAUCCCAGCUCACAAAUUCAUUACCGCACUGAAGGCCACUGGACUUCGAACAGGAGAUCCACGGCUGAAAGAAUGUAUGGACAUGUUGAAAGUCACCCUCAAAUCCACGUCAGAUGGCGUAAUGCUGGACCGGCACCUGUUCAAAAAGUGUGUCCAGAGCAACAUUGUUCUCCUAACACAGGCCUUCCGGAAGAAAUUUGUCAUCCCUGAUUUCCAGCCUUUUGCUUCCCACAUCGAUACACUUUAUGAAAAGGCCAGAAAGCUCUCCGGGGGGCUGGUUGCUGACUACAUUCCCCAACUUGCCAAAUUCAGCCCAGAUCUGUGGGCCGUUUCCCUUUGCACAGUAGAUGGACAAAGACACACAGUGGGUGACACUAAAGUGCCAUUUUGUCUGCAGUCGUGCGUGAAGCCACUCAAGUAUGCUAUUGCAGUGCAUGACCACGGCACUGAAUAUGUGCACCAAUUAAUUGGGAAAGAGCCCAGUGGCUUACGCUUCAACAAGCUCUUCCUGAAUGAGGACGAUAAACCCCAUAAUCCAAUGGUGAAUGCUGGUGCAAUCGUGUGUACCUCUCUUAUUAAGCAAGGUGCAGGCAAUGCUGAGAAGUUUGACUAUGUGUUGAACUUCUUGAAGAAGAUGGCUGGAAAUGAAUAUGUUGGUUUCAGCAAUGCCACAUUCCAGUCGGAGCGCGAGUCAGGAGACAGGAAUUUCGCUAUUGGCUACUACCUGAAAGAAAAGAAGUGCUUUCCAAAUGGUACAGACAUGACUGCUGUUCUGGACUUGUACUUUCAGCUGUGCUCAAUCGAGGUAACGUGUGAGAGCGCUAGCGUCAUGGCUGCCACACUGGCCAACGGUGGCUUCUGUCCAAUCACAGGCGAGCGUGUGCUGAGCCCCGAGGCUGUGCGAGACACCCUCAGCCUCAUGCACUCGUGCGGCAUGUAUGACUUCUCUGGACAGUUCGCCUUCCAUGUGGGUCUUCCGGCCAAGUCAGGUGUGGCUGGUGCUAUUCUGCUGGUUGUGCCCAAUGUGAUGGGCAUCAUGUGCUGGUCUCCUCCAUUGGACAAACUUGGCAACAGUGUCCGGGGCAUCCAGUUCUGCACGGAUCUGGUGUCCUUGUUCAACUUCCACAACUAUGACAACCUGAGGCACUUCACCAAGAAGCACGAUCCCCGCCGAGAGGGAGGGGACCAGCGGCAGUACACCUUCGGACCACUGGAUUACGAGAGCCUUCAGAAAGAGCUGGCUCUCAAAGACACUGUGUGGACAAAAGUCUCGCCCACUGAGUGCAAUGAGGACAGCUCCACUACUGUAGUCUAUAGGAUGGAGAAUGUCGGAGAUGGCAACUAAAACGGAUCUGACUGACCUCGGCGAGCUGUUUGACCGUAUAUAUUUAUGUACUUUAACUGUUAUUUAUUUUUAAUGAAUCUCAUUCUGGGCACAUGUUGGUUCUUCACCAGUCUUUGUGAACAUGAAUGACAAUGGUAGAGGAUAUGGUCUAAGUCCUUAUGCCUUGGCUUCUGUUUAUCUAUCUGUGCUAACGCUGAAAAGCAUAGCGGAGGGCUUUAUUCUUAACUUGGACUGCAUGGACUUUAGGUGCAGUGUGAUUUAUAGGCUCUAUAUUCUCUCAUAGACAAGGAAGUGGGGUUUUUUUCGGUGGAAGUUGAGCAUUGGCUGCUGAACAGAGACUGCAGGUGGUUCUGUUUUGCACUACGAUUGAAUGUGGGGGUCAAGUAUAAUUAACCGCGUCUUACCAGAUGUAGAGUCGUCUGUGAGGUCUUUAACUCGAUGAUGUCACGAGCACAUGGACGUCUUCUGAAACUUUUUGUAAGAAGUACAGGUGACCUUCACUCGAAAGCAAAAGUUCACUCAAAAAUUAAAAUUCAGUCUUUUUUUUUUUAUUCACCCUCGUGUUGUUUUAACCCUGUAUGUUGCUGUUGUUGUUUCUGUGGAACACAAAAAUUAUUUUUGAAGAACUUUCAUGCAAGUUUUUCCAUAUUCCAAACAAAAUCUUGUUCAAAUAACCAUAAAAGUUGUCCGUCUGACUAUAACUAAAGUGUUCUGAAGCCAUAUACUAACUUUUAUAAGGUAAAAGAUGAACAUUUAAGUUAUUGAAAAUGGCAUUUGGUGCAAAUUUGGUAUCUGCAUUAUCGUUGAAUAACGUCUAAAAUUCAGCCUGUUCCUCACACAAAGCUAUUACGUGACUUUAAAAAAAAUUUGAAUAUAGUGCAGACUUGGAAUAUACAGUCAUAUAGACUGCUUGUAUAAGUGACUUGAUGUGUGGCCAACUAUGGUAACCCAUGCCCAUUUGUUACAAGUCUGACUCUCUAACCAUUAGGCCACAACUGCCCCAUGGUUGUUUUUUUAUCCUUUUUGAAGGUCGACAGGUUACAAUGAAGUCUUGUUCUAUUGAAAAGAGCUGCAUGAAGGUUCUUCAAAAAU